AUGAGCGCCUGCCUCGCGAGCGGGCGGAGCCUCUCCAAGCUGGGGCUGGCCAUGUUUGCUGCGCUGUGCGAGACUCAGCCCCUCGCGCCAGUCACGCUCAUCAGCCCCGUCUCCAUUGGCAGCUCUUUAGCGCUCGCACUCGCAGGCUCGACGCCGGGCGGCAGCGCAGAGGCCGAGCUUUCGCGCCUCCUCGGUGCACACGAGCAGAUUGCGGAGGCCAUCGAUGGCCUGCUCAGCUCUGCUCGCGGCAACGGCUCUGGCGUUUCCCUGCGAGUGGCCAAUGGCGUGUGGGCGGGCACAGCGGUGCGGCCAAAGUUUAUCGAGAGCGCCACCCGCAUUCAUCGCGCGCAAGCGGCGCCCCUUCCGUCGAGCUACGAGCCCGUCAACAGCUGGGUUCAGUCCCGGACGGAUGGCGAGGUGCCGAAAUUGCUCUCGGGGACGCCAGACCCGCUCACUGUGUCGCUUCUUGUGAGCGCCGUGUCGUUCAAGGGCGUGUGGGCUGAGCGGUUUGAGAGGGAGAGGACGGCGGAGGGUGCCUUCUGGCCGCUCUCGCCUGGCGCGGCGACGGCCAGCCAGCCCGCGAACUUUAUGCGAAGGAAGGGCGCGGCUUGGGCCUCGCCCACGGUGGCCGCGCUCGGGGGAGCCGCGGCGCUGCGGCUCGACUAUGGCGACGCGGACGCGGUGGCGGACAGUAAAGGCGCCGGCUUUUGCGCACUGUUCGUUCUUCCCGCCGAGGCAGGCGAAGCAUCCCUAGCCGCGACCAUCGCCGCGCUGCGGACAGCGCCGUCGCCUGUCGACACGUCAGCGGCGCCUGCCGACCCUCUCUCCGCCGCCCUGUCGACAUUGCGCCGUCGCGAAGUGGACGUCUCGAUCCCACGCUUCACCGCGGAGUGGGGCGCCUCCAGCCUCAAGACUGCGCUGCGUGCCCUCGGGCUGUUGAGUGCGUUUGACGGCAGCGGCCAGUUUCUCGAGCUCAGCGACGAGCCCGACGUCCACCUGGACGAGGUGCUGCACGCAGCGAGGGUCGAGGUCAACGAGGAGGGCACAGCUGCGGCCGCCGCCACCGUGGCGGAGAUGGGCGUGCGCAGCCUGCCGCCGCGCCCCCUCGAGCUGCGCUUCAACCGGCCGUUCCUCCUGGCGGUGCUGCACGAGGAGACGGGGACGCCCCUCUUUGUAGGACGUAUCAACAGCCCACAGUUUUCGUGA